AGCGGCGCCGGGGCUGAGCCGGGCGCGCACGGACCGCCGCAUGUGCCAAGCGAGGAGCGGCUCCCGAGCGGGCGGAGAGCUAGUGCGAGAGGCCCCGUCGGAGCGGCCACCGGAGCAGCGCCGGAGAUGGGAGAACAGCCUAUCUUCACCACCCGAGCGCACGUCUUCCAGAUUGACCCCAGCACCAAGAAGAACUGGGUGCCUGCAAGCAAGCAGGCGGUUACCGUCUCCUACUUCUAUGAUGUCACGAGGAACAGCUAUCGGAUCAUCAGUGUGGAUGGAGCCAAGGUGAUCAUAAACAGCACAAUCACCCCGAAUAUGACUUUCACCAAAACGUCGCAGAAGUUUGGGCAGUGGGCAGACAGCAGAGCCAACACGGUGUUUGGUUUGGGAUUUUCCUCUGAGCAGCAGCUGACAAAGUUUGCAGAGAAGUUCCAAGAAGUGAAAGAAGCCGCAAGACUAGCCAGAGACAGAUCUCAGGAGAAAAUCGAGACCUCAAGUAAUCAUUCCCAAGAAUCUGGGUGUGAAACCCCAUCUUCUACUCAGGCAUCCAGCGUCAAUGGGACAGAUGAUGAAAAGGCCUCCCAUACGGGUCCUGCUGACACACACCUGAAAUCUGAGAAUGAUAAGCUGAAGAUCGCUUUGACACAGAGCGCAGCCAAUGUGAAGAAAUGGGAGAUUGAGCUGCAGACCUUGCGGGAGAGCAACGCCCGGCUGACCACAGCACUGCAGGAGUCAGCGGCCAGCGUGGAGCAGUGGAAGAAGCAGUUCUCCAUCUGCCGUGAUGAGAACGACCGGCUCCGCAACAAGAUUGACGAGCUCGAAGAGCAGUGCAGUGAGAUAAACAAAGAGAAGGAGAAAAAUACCCAAUUGAAGCAUAGGAUUGAGGAGCUGGAAUCAGAACUACGAGAGAAGGAGACGGAGUUGAAAGAUCUCCGAAAACAAAGUGAAAUCAUACCUCAGCUCAUGUCAGAGUGUGAAUAUGUCUCUGAGAAAUUAGAGGCGGCAGAGAGGGACAAUCAAAACCUGGAAGACAAAGUGCGGUGUCUAAAGACGGACAUUGAGGAGAGUAAAUACCGACAGCGCCACCUGAAGGUGGAGUUGAAGAACUUCCUAGAGGUGCUGGACGGGAAGAUCGACGACCUCCACGACUUCCGCCGAGGCCUCUCCAAGCUGAGCUCGGACAACUAGGACUGGGGCACGGCCAAGCGUUAGCCCCGUGUGUGUGAGACAAAAUAGCAUUAGGACGUUCUCCUGUUUGCAUUGCUUCUGUAAAUGCAGGCGCAGUUUGUCGUGUUUCCAAACCAGUUGUGCCGUCCACUCAACUCCUCAGAUUAGAAAUCUCCUCUCGCUUCUCUGGCCUUGUGAGGUUGUGGACAACUGGAAGAUUCUGACUCAGGAAUCCAGAACUAGGUCUACCUUAAACGCCUAUGUAGUUAGGGCAGGGACAUUUAUAUCUUUUUUAAGGGCUGUUGCAACCAUAUGAACUGAAAAAAAAAAAAAGUAUUUUCUAAUCCAAAUACGAAUAUCCUUUACACCAGGCUGUUUUGCUCCUUUUAUUGACUGGCAUUCAGAGUUUUGAAUGUCCACUAGGCCCCGAUCCAUGGGGCAUGAAGGUAACAGUUCCUUCUCAGUAAAUAUUGAUAUGCUUUAAAAGAACCACUUAGUGUAGAGACUUGUCCAGAAAAAGAAAGCAAGUUUCUGGUGGGUGCGUUUUCUGGCACGGGAAUCACCUGCACUCACCAAUACCCCUCCCACCCAGUUUGUACGGUUGCGACAACGUUCCUUUUCUUGGUUUUUGUUUCUGAGCAGAUGGCUGUGCUGUGGGAACAGCAUGCAAGGAGGGUGCCUAGCACAGUGUCUGACACAAGUAGGUGCUUAAUAAAUACUUGUUCAAUAAAACAUA